AUGGCCGAUUCACGCCAGCAAGUAGCCGUUAUUGGCACUGGAAUGGCAGGCCUUGUCACCGCAUACAUUCUCAGGAACGACCCCAGAGGGAGAUUCGACGUACAAGUCUUCGAAAAGCAAGAUAAACUGUCCCUCGACUCGGCGUCCCAUACCCUCACUGAUACGAAGAGCGGCGAAAAAUCCGAACGCCUCGACCUGCCCAUGCGCGCCUUUGCCGAUGGAUACUACCUGAGUUUACGUCGCAUGUAUGAUCAUUUCGGGAUCACAUAUGGCUCCCCACGAUUCAUCUACGCCCUGUCGAAGUUAGCGAACACCCAGGCCUCACCGUAUUUCAUCCACUCCUCGAAUAAUCACCAAGUACCACCACUGCGCCCGAACGGUCUCCCAUGGAUCAGCUGGCUGAUCGAGGUGUGCUAUCUGGCUGUAUGUUACUAUUGGUUCACGGCAUGUUGCUUCUUCGUGACGCCUGAGACGGUGGAAUCGGCUGGCGCGGAGGAAACGCUUCGACAAUACGUUGAUAGAAUCAGACUCCCUCAGUACUAUGUCAAGCAUUACAUGUUACCGCUCAUGUCGAGUGUGACGACUUGCUCGCAUGAAGCACUGCUUGAUUUCCCUGCUGUCGAUCUGGUCGAUUACGAGAGGAGGACGUUCCGACAAAAGCACUACACCGUCCUCGGUGGUGUCCACCGGGUUCAAACGAAGUUAUCCGAAGGCUUGACGCAUACACUCGGGGCGAAAGUUACAUCUGUUGAGAAUGUUGGCACAAAGGUUCAAGUCAGUUGGACUGAUACCGACGGACAGAGUAGCACCCGCCUCUUUGACCAUGUUAUUCUGGGCGUGACGCCCGACGUCGUUGGGGCCAUCUUCCAACCUCUUCGAAGUGCCAUGGCUGCUAUCCCUACGACGACUGUGCAAUCGGUCGUUCACCGUGACUUCUCUAGAAUCAUCAAUGCCAGCAAAUCGAUCUGGACGCAGAUGUCUUGGGGCUCGAACCAAUCGCCUCCCCAGCCUAUCCACAUGUGCUCGAAUGAUGGAGCGACUGAGUCUAUCCAUGAACAUCCUUCAUCUGCAUUGAUUACCACAUAUCCCAUUGCCCCCAUCGAUCCUGAGAAGGUCGUGUACACCGCCACAUUCACCCGCGUCCUGCGAUCAGCUGCCAGCAGACAGAUCGUGAACCAUAUCUUUGGGAAGAGCAUUGCGGACGAGAAAUCUCACCUUUGGCGAAACGGCGAUGGCAACGUAUGGCUGGUUGGUGGCUGGUGUUGGGAUGGAAUGGUAAUGCUGGAAGGGUGUCUUGCCUCUGCGACGAGAGUGGCUAAUGCCCUUGAUGUUGAGGUGCCAUGGUGA